AAAGGCAAUCUUUUUCAUAACAUCAUAAUCAUCCAUAACAAUCCAUAACAAUUCUUGUAUUUAAAUCUAAAGUAUGGUCCCUGUGCUGUGCCAAUCAAAUCGCCUACAACUUUCUGUCACAGUUUCCUCUGUGUUACUGCAGGCUAACCUUUGCCCUGGCUGUGUUUGGUAUUUCAUAAUGCUGACCUCUGAUCACAGCAGUCCGGGAAAUCAUUUGGAAAUCUGGACUCUAAACAAAUGAAUCUCUGUUGUGGUUUGACAAACAUGGGAGAAACUCAAAAAUGCUGCAAUGUUUGCUGAAUGUUUUAACUGUCAAAUGUACUCAAUUUAAGUUGAAACUAAAGACUUUAACCACAUUUAGUUUAUUAAUCAACAUCUUUAUCAUGAUUGAAUCAGCUUUCAGAUUAUGACCUUUAAAUGUAUUUGCGAUCUCUCUAAGUUCCCAUUGUCUGUAUGCACAUAGCACAAUAUGAAUAUGAUGUAAUGGUUGUAAAAUACUCAAUCAUUAUGACUACAUUGAUGAAGUAUUCUAUAAAUGUUCAUUACUGUCUUGUAAUGAUCUUUAUAUGUCAUAACUCUGACUUAUGUUAACAUUAUGAUGAGAGACCGGUGUGUUGAACUGUUUUUACCCCCGAGUGUGUCUGCAAUGUUGUUUGUUUCAUUGGAUCAGUGUGUGUGCUUGGAGUAACGAGGGGUGUCAGAGUCACAGAUACUGACUGUUUACUCCACAUUUCUUCACUUUUUGGGGAAGUGCCCUCAACAAUCAUUAACCUGUUCUGAUUUGAAAUGGGCUCUUCACUCUAACAUUUUUAUUCCUGACAAAAUGUGGGUGAGAUAUCUCGGGUUUGUUAUUCUUUUCGGCCUUCCAGGAGCACUGCAUGCUCAGCCUUGUGGCGCUCCAGGCCUUGAUGGUGGUUAUUUUGUCCCGGAACAAGAAACGUAUUCUCAUGAAAUUGAGAUAACUUACGCCUGUGAUAGUGGACGUAAACCUGCAGUGGAGGGAUGGUGGGCAACAAGCACAUGUCAAAACGGGGUAUGGUCUCCUGAACCGCAAUGUAUAGGCGAAGAGGACUGCCUUCCACCUGAGAUACCCAACGCAAAAUUCAAUAAGAAACAAAGUGGUUGGUAUAACCCAGGAAACACAAUAAGGGUAACAUGUGACAACGAAUAUGAGCUGAAGAACAGGGAUGCCACAGCCGUUUGUUUAAAUGGAACCUGGACCUCUGUUCCUGUCUGUGAGAUAAGAAACAAUACAUGUGGUGAACCCCCUCAAAUCCCCCAUGCAGUCAUCAUUGGUCAGAAAUAUCAGGAGAUUUUUGCUGCAGAUUCCGAAGUUAGAUAUGAAUGUGAAGAUGGAUACUCUGUGGAGGGAGCAGAAAGCCAAAAAAACAUCUUCUGCAUAUCCGGAAGCUGGAGUGAAGGCCCAAAGUGCAGGAGAGGAACCAGACAAAAUACUGGACACGGUGGCUCAGUAGAGGUCACCACAUCUGCUGGCAGUGGGACGCAAACUGUGGGUGGAGGUAGUGGAUCUUCAGCUGGAGGAACAGCUGGCGGACACUCUACAUCCACAGAAAGUGGGACACAACCUGGGGGUGGUGGCAGAGGAAGUGGGGAUGUUGUACGUGGUGGACCUACAAUUACAGGUACUACAUCCACCGGCAGUGGUACACAACCUGUUGACAGAGGAUCUUCUACCACAUCUGUUUCGAAUGACAGAAACAGUAAGCCUGCUUUCAUACCAGUCAACGAAUGCGGAGUCUCCCCAGUUAUUCCAAAUGGUGUUGUUGUGCAAACGGAGCGUUUAUAUUUGAAAUACCAAUGUAAUUCUUAUUACACACGAGUGGGACCAGAGAUUGUGGUGUGUACCAACGAUGGCAGAUGGUCAGAACUUCCCUUCUGCCAAGAGGCUUUCUGUGUCGUGGAUCUUGCUCAGUAUUCUGGGAUUCAGAUUAGGCAAACUGGAAAAGAAUAUAUUAAGGAAGGAGAGACGAAGAAGGUGUACUGUUCCUCUUAUGAAUACGUAAUUUUUACUUGCACUCAGGGAAGACUAACCUACACCCAAUGUAAGUACAUACCAUCAUUUUACAGUCUCUCCCAAUGUUUUAGUUUCAGCUUUUUGUCAUCAGCUGUAUACGAACUGUUGUCUCAAGGAUCCAAGUUGAUUUAGAGCCAUUUAACUGUUAUAGCUUCAAAAAUAUUAAAUAAAAAAAACAAUCCAAACUCCAAAAAGAGAAUGAAAUUUGAAUAUGUAUUUAUUGAUUAUUAAAUGAUUGAUGUAUUUAGUGGAUAAACUUGCAAUUUUUUAAUUUAGUUUCAUUGAAUGAAAAGCAAAACAAAUUAACCAAAUACUCUACUGAUAAUGACUGCACUAAAUUGAAUGUGUUAUAGAACUCCAUUGCUGUCCAACUAUUAAAGAAACAUAAAUUAGCCACACUACGUGACAUGUUUCUUAAUUAGGAUAAGCAUGGUCCCUUUAUCU